AUAGCUCAGUUGUGGCGCAGCUUCACCAACGUGUGCUGUGGAUGUGGCAGCAGCAGCAGCAGCAGCGGCUCAGUCUCGCCGGGUCGGGUUGACUACGUGUCCCCCUGCAGUGCUCUCACCAGCGCGGUUGUGGUUCUUUUGUGUUCAUUUUCACAUCGUCCGCUGCCCUCAUCCGUCAGUGUCAUGUUGGCUAGGCUGUCAUUGUGCUCUGGCCUGCCCUCCAGAAACUGGCAGUCAAAAGUCUCCUCGGUCUCCAUCAGAGCGUAUUCAAAAACCAAAUUCUCACUUCCACGGCCCCAUGGGAAGUCUUUUGCCCACCGCAGUGAGUUAAAGCAGGCCAAACGCAUCGUCGUGAAGCUGGGCAGUGCUGUGGUGACUCGCGGAGAUGAGUGCGGCCUGGCACUGGGGCGACUGGCCUCAAUAGUAGAGCAGGUGGCUGUGCUCCACAAUCAAGGGAGGGAGAUGAUGAUCGUCACCAGUGGUGCUGUGGCGUUUGGGAAGCAGAGACUGAGACAUGAGAUCCUGCUGUCUCAAAGUGUCAGACAAGCCUUGCAUUCUGGACAGAACCAACUCAAACAAAUGUCAAUUCCAGUUUUAGAGGCAAGGGCGUGUGCUGCUGCUGGGCAGAGUGGUCUGAUGGCGUUGUAUGAAGCUAUGUUCACUCAGUACAGCACCUGCACUGCACAAAUUCUGGUCACCAAUCUUGAUUUCCAUGACGAGCAGAAGCGUGGCAAUCUAAACAGCACGCUCCAUGAACUUCUACGGAUGAACAUAGUUCCUAUCAUAAACACCAACGAUGCUGUGGUUCCACCCCCAGUUCCCAACAGUGACCUACAGGGCGUAAAUGUAAUAAGCAUCAAAGAUAAUGAUAGCUUGGCUGCACGGCUGGCUGUUGAAAUGAAAGCAGAUCUCCUGAUUGCCCUGUCUGAUGUUGAAGGUUUAUACGACAGUCCCCCAGGAACAGAUGAUGCCAAGCUUAUUGAUAUUUUCUAUCCUGGAGACCAGCAGUCGAUCAAGUACGGCUCUAAGUCCAGAGUUGGCAUCGGUGGCAUGGAAGCCAAGGUGAAAGCAGCCCUAUGGGCACUGCAGGGCGGGACGUCUGUUGUCAUUGCCAAUGGCACACAUCCUAAAGUCACCGGCCACGUCAUAACAGACAUUGUGGAAGGGAAGAAACUGGGCACCUUCUUCUCAGAAGUGAAGCCUGCAGGUCCAACUGUGGAGCAGCAGACAGAGAUGGCGCGACAUGCAGGAAGGUCUCUGGCUUCUCUGCUUCCUGAACAGAGAGCAGAGAUAAUUUACUAUCUUUCUGAGCUGCUCACAGAGAAGAAAGAUGAGAUUCUCAGCGCCAACAGGAAAGACAUGGAAUUAGCAAACGAAUCAGGUCAUUUCUCCCAGGCUCUGAUCGACCGCCUGAGUCUGUCAACAGUCAAACUAAACAGCCUCGCCAUUGGCCUCCGUCAGCUCGCUGUUUCCUCCAAGGACAGCGUGGGUCGGGUGUUGAGGAGGACCAGGGUGGGCAACAACCUGGAGCUGGAACAGAUCACUGUCCCCAUUGGUGUGCUGCUGGUUAUCUUUGAGUCACGUCCUGAUUGUCUCCCACAGGUGGCGGCUCUGUCUAUUGCCAGUGGAAAUGCUUUGCUCUUGAAGGGGGGUAAAGAGGCUUCCAACACCAAUAAAAUUCUACAUCAACUAACCCAGGAAGCACUUUCCAUUCAUGGUGUGACCGAUGCCAUUCAAUUGGUGAGCACACGUGAAGAAGUUGAGGAUCUGUGCCGACUUGACAAGUUGAUUGACCUGAUCAUUCCGAGGGGCUCGUCCCAGCUGGUCCGGGAAAUCCAAAGAGCAGCGAAGGGUAUUCCUGUGCUGGGCCACAGCGAGGGAGUCUGUCACGUCUACAUAGACAAUGACGCCAGCAUUGACAAGGCCAUUGAAGUUGUCAGAGACUCCAAAUGUGACUAUCCUGCAGCCUGCAAUGCCAUGGAGACGCUUCUUAUUCACAGAGAUUUGUUGCGAACUCCUAUGUUUGAUCAGAUGAUUGAUAUGCUGAGAGCAGAACAUGUCAAGAUCCACGCAGGUCCCCAGUUUGCGUCCUAUUUAACUUUCAGCCCAUCCGAGGUGAAGUCUCUGAGGACAGAGUAUGGGGAGCUGGAGUGCUGCAUUGAGGUGGUAGACAGCAUGCAGGAUGCAGUGGACCACAUCCACAAGUACGGCAGCUCCCACACGGAUGUUAUUGUUACAGAGAACGAGGACACAGCUCAACAGUUUCUGCAGCAGGUGGACAGUGCCUGUGUAUUCUGGAACGCAAGCUCUCGAUUUGCUGAUGGUUACCGUUUCGGUCUAGGAGCUGAAGUUGGAAUCAGUACGGCACGGAUACAUGCCAGAGGUCCAGUGGGUUUGGAGGGGCUUCUGACCACCAAGUGGAUCCUUCGAGGGGAAGGGCACACUGUUGCUGACUUUUCUGAGCAAGGCAGUAUGAAAUACCUCCAUGAAAACAUCCCCGUCAUCCAGGGGACUUUUAAUUAGUCGUCCAAUCAAGGAGCCAUCACCAGGAGUUGAGAUAACUGAGGUUUACCCAGUUAUAUAAAAGUGUGUGUCUGCAAGAAGCACUUCGUCUUUUCAGCUGCUGCUCCACCAGCUGUCUAAAUCCAUUAGUUUGGUGCAGGAAGCUUCCAUGUAGAUCUGAGGCGUAUCUUACUGGACAACCAAGAUGCUGGUUAUGUGAACCUGUGCACAAACCUGGGAAUCAAAACAAAAGAAAUGAUAUAUACCCAUCUCCUGAGAAAAUAACUGGUUGUCCCAUUACUGAUAACGUAAACAAUGUUUGUGUGAAAGGAGAAACAAAUCAUGCAGACAAUGCUAUGAUGCUGUGAUUUUCUAACUUAAUUUUCUAAAGGAAAACCCCAUCCUUGGUGAACUUGUUUCUUGCAGGAUCUCAGUUCAGUUUUAUUUUGCUGUCGUUUUUGCACAAAUUUAAUAAAUAUGCUGUACAUUUCUUAA